CAGCAAGUGUGCGCAGCUUGCAAAUCAGGGAGCUGGUCAAAGUGUCCUGGAAUUCUGAAGAGAACCCACAGCCUUGAACUGCUUGCCUUACCAGUUCCCAGAUGUCAGCCAUCAACUCACAUGUAUCAGACGGGACCGAUGGGACAAAUGCAGAACCCACCCGGGACACAGCGGAUGCCACGCAAGUCACUCCUGAUUCAGAGCUUCCUCCUUCAAUUGCCACCAGUAGAGCCUGCUUGCCUUUCCAGCAGGGGAAGAUUCCUCUCCACCCCGUCUCCUAUAGCAAUGGCUGUGGGGUUCCCCCUCAGGCUUCUGUGAAGCAGCAGCAGCCCCAGGCCUCAAAGAAGCAGCGGAUCAGCUCCACUUCCUCUGUUUGUACCAGCAGCAGUAAGAAGAGCUGCAAGUCAACAGCUUCUCAGAUUCAGGAGGUGGCCGGGGAUGACUGUUGUGCCCUGUGUGCCCUGGCCUGCCUCUUUUGUGAGUUCAUGACCUUCUGCUCCCUCCUCCUGGAAUGUGGGGCCUGUGGGGGCUGCCUAGAAGCUUGCUGCAGCGGGGAAGGAGGGGAGCCACUAUCAGAAAGCUGCUGUGGCGAGGCAGGUGGUGGGAACUGCCCCUGUGGGUUAGGCUGCGGGAUGCUGCAAGAUUGCUGUGGUUCCUCUGACUGUCUUGAGAUCUGCCUGGAAUGCUGUUCUAUCUGUUUCCCAGCCUAAGUGCCACGUGCCCAUCUAACUUAUACAGUGGCCGGCUAGAAAGGUGCCUAUAUGUCCUUCCAAGAAUCCCUUCCCUGGCUUCAGAGUAAAAAAGGUGGAUGCUUUGAACUUCUUUUGCUAUGGCCUCAUAUACUGUGAGGCCAUUGGAGUUCCUCCCCCUUUUUGAAAACAUCGCGCUACAUUGGGCAUCCACUAGAUGGCAGCAAAGAGGCAUAGACAUCUCUAACAAGUGCCAUCUAGCGGUGGUCUGGAUUUUUGUAUCUCAGGAAUGGUAUCGUAACUGCUGAAGUGCCUCCCUGAUUGCCCACACACAUCAGAAACAGUUGGAUGCUAUUGUUCAGACAAAUGAAGCACAUUUAAAACAGUUUCAUUCUGCCAUACCCAGGCCAUCAUCGAAAGGAUACUUUUAUGCUGUGGAUGUGUUAAAAUUCUCCUUGAAUCCUGAAAUAUUGUCAAAUUGAGGUGUUAUUUUUUCUUUUUUUAUGUGUGGGGGGGCUAUUGGUGUUGUCUUUUCCAUGAUGGUUUGAGAGAUGUCCCCGUAAGAUGAAGCAACAGAUGGGAUUUCUCCCUCCUCUUCUCCCCCUCCUUCUUUUAAAAUGUGAUUAAAGAACUGCUCCAUUGGUUUUGCAAUGAUUUCAUUGGAUGGACUGAAGAUGGAAGAUUCUGCUGCUAUUACUGCAGAGGUCUCAGAGCCAAGGAAAUUCCUCUAAUGUGACGGGACGGUGUGUGCCUUCAUUUCAAGCACAUAUUCUCCAACUCAGUGCCUCCAGAUGUGUUGAACUACAACUUCCAGGAUCAACUAGAGAGCCUGACAUUUGGGAAGGCUGAGUUAUACACACUCCAAUUGCUAUUCCCAUAGCUCCACUUGUGUGUUUUUCUAUGUGCCUGAGAAUAUAUUACUAUUUUGAUCAGAAUGAUUGUAAAAUAAAUUAAA